UACAAUGCAACCAUAUCUUAUCAAGUCUCUUCCUGGAUGGUUGCUGGAGUGUAUAGUAUGGGCUUACCUAGAGCCACAGCUCAUACUGUCUUUUUGCUAAGAAUGCUUUUCUGUAAGGCUGAUAUAAUAAACCAUUUCUUCUGUGAUCUUUUUCCAUUACUGGAGCUCUCUUGCUACACUACUUUUAUCAGUGAUUUAUUAGUGCUACCUAGUGCAUUUAAUAGCAUUGUCCCACAUGUGACCACUGUUCACUCUUAUAUCUUCAUCAUUGUCAGCAUUCUCCACAGUCAUUUUACCGAGGGAGGACUGAUCCAAAGCCUUCAGCACCUGCAGGUGCCACAUUUUGCCUCUCGCUGGUUUUUUUUUUUCAUGUAUCUGCAGCCAUCUCCCAUCAUCUCCAUAGACCAAGGGAAAGUGUCAUCUGUGUUUUAUAGCAUCUGUGUACCCAUGAUGAAGACUAUGAUUGAUAGCCUGAGAAAGCUGUCCUGA